AUGUUAAAUAUAUUUAUUGGAGGGGAUUUUAAUGGCCAUAUUGGGUCGACUGCUGGUGGUUAUGGUGAGGUGCAUGGGGGCUUUGGCCUUGGGGAUAGGAACGGAGGAGGUACUUCGUUGUUAGACUUCGCUAAGGCUUUUGAGCUGGUGAUUGUGAACUCGACUUUUCCGAAGAGGGAGGAGCAUCUGGUUACUUUCCAAAGUUCGACAGUGAAGAAUCAUAUUGAUUACAUUCUCCUUAGAAGGUGUGAUAGAGGGUUGUGCAAGGAUUGCAAGGUUAUCCCGGGAGACACCCUCGCGACUCAGCAUAGGCUCUUAGUGAUAGACAUCGGCAUUAUGAUGAAGAGGAAGAAGAGGUAUGCUCGUGGCCGACCGAGGAUUUGA